AUGAGAUUCAUCUACUACUAUUUAGUUACGGCAUUUUUUGCUGCAACUGUUGUUGCUGUUGGAAAACAAGGUAAAGGAGCUCCAUAUAUUCUUUACCGUCCUGCUAUGGGAUUUUACGUUUGUGACUUUGUAAUUGGAAAAUCUGUUACUUAUUGUAAAAGGUCAGAUUACAGGUGUUUAUGUACCGACAAGAAUGCAAUGGCAACUUAUGCUGGUUGUUUGGCUUAUGGUAAUAGAAAUACUACUGGUUCACUUAAAACUUUUUCUGAUACUUGUUUGCAAAAAGGGAGUGUUACUCUUCCUAAUGAUUGGUUUGGAAAGUAUUAUGAUUAUUUUCUUGAAAAUGCAAAAACUGCCAAAGAAAUCCCAGGGUUCAAUAGAACAAGACCAAUUAAUGUUCCUUUCAAGAUUCCUCCACAACAAAUGGAUUUAUACCAAAAGGCAUAUGGAAAAUAUUUAGCAAAUUUUGAUGAUUCCUUAUAUUAUUCUGCUUCUGUUUUAGGCUACUGGUUAUUGGUCAUGAUGAUUUAUGGUAUUUCCCAUUGGAUGAAGUUUUUGUUCCCCAAUUUCACAAAGAAAAUGACAUUUGGUCCUAUUAAUGCUUGGAGAAAGUAUAUAUUCAUGCCUGCUACAAUCAGAAAGAAGAAAGCUCAAGAGCAAAAAUUUUUGAAGAUUUUUGAUUUUAUUAUUCCAUCUAGAUUUGAAACCAUUAUCGUUUUUCUCUUUUAUGGACUCACUAUACUUGUCAAUGCCAUUAGAACUGGAUAUGUGGAAAACGACCCGGUCUAUCCAUCCAAAUCUGCCGCCAAGUUGACUUAUAUUGCUGACCGUACUGGAAUAGUUGCAACUAUGAUGGUACCACUUCUUGUUCUUUUUGCUGGGAGAAAUAAUUUCUUACAAUGGUUAACUGGAAUUAAUUUUGCUACUUUUAUAACUUUCCAUCGUCAUAUCGCCAGAGUAAUGUUAUUGUUGGUUUUAGUUCACGCAAUAGCAUAUACUAUAUUGUUAAAGGGUCGUUAUGCUAGAGAAGCGAAAGACGAAUAUUUUUGGAAUGGGGUUUUAGCCACAGUUGCUGGGGGUAUCAUCUGGUUUCAAGGAAUGCUUUUUUUUAGAAGACGUUGGUAUGAGAUAUUCUUGUUGAUCCAUAUUCUCAUGGCUGCUAUCUUCGUUGGUGGCACUUGGGUUCAUGUUGACAUUUUGGGUUAUGUUUGGUUUGUUUAUCCAGCCGUUGCCGUUUGGUGUUUUGAUCGGUUGGUAAGAAUUGGUCGUUUAAUUGCAUUUGGAUUUCCUCAAGCUCAAGUUACUUUAUUAGCUAAUGAAACAUUAAGAGUUGUUAUUCCAAAACCACGCUAUUGGAAAUCUAUUCCAGGUGGCCACGCUUUUAUAUAUUUCAUUAGACCUUCUCAUUGUUGGCAAUCCCAUCCCUUUACCUUCGUUGACACCCCAGAUGAUGAAAACAUUGUUUUGUAUUGUCGUGUUAAAGGUGGUGUAACUCAUGGAUUGUAUCAAAUGCUUGCUACAAAACCUGGACAAACAGCCAAGGUCAGAGUUACCGUUGAAGGUCCAUAUGGUGAGCCAACUCCCGCUAGAUAUGCAGAUUCUGCGGUUUUUAUUGCUGGUGGUAAUGGUAUUCCUGGUAUUUAUUCUGAAGUAAUGGACAUGGCAAGAAGAUUUCCUAAUGAUUGCAAGAAAACUAUGAAGUUAUUUUGGGUUAUCAGAGAUUAUCCUUCGUUGAUUUGGUUUCAUGAUGAACUUGCGGUAUUAAAGAACACCAAUAUUCAAACAACAGUUUAUGUGACAAGACCAACAUCUGAUAGAGAUUCGCAUGAUAAGAAGUAUGAAUCAAAGGAAAAUGAUAAUGAUACUGGAAGUGAAUCCAUAACAUCCGAUUUAUCUCAUGUUGAGUUUAGAGAAGGUCGUCCAUCUAUUGAAAGUAUAGUUGCUGAUGAAGUUGCUGAAUCAAGUGGAUCAGUUGCUUUUGUCACGUGCGGACAUCCAAUUAUGGUUGAUGAAAUUCGUUACUAUGCUUGUCAGCAAAUUGGUAAUGCCGAAAACAAGAGGAUUGACUUCUAUGAACAACUUCAAACUUGGGCAUAA